UUGUUUGGAGGGGAUUGACUGCAGACUCCGUUUAAAUGCAGAAGGUCUCCAUUGUGAUUUAGGAGGCUUUGUAACCUGAAUUAGUUGAUGAAUUUUCUAUCGAUCCUAAACAAGCCCAGAUUCAUCUCUGGCAUGCUGCUCACGCAUUGACCAUUCCCUCACCGUAAUAGCGAGUGCAUUUAAGAGCUUGACCGAGGCGAACUCCUUGCAUUUUUUCCCCCUGGUAUCACUUUUCAUAAGCACUAGCCAAAUUUUAGAAGUAUUUCAGUUUACCAAAUCUGAACAGUUCUAGGAGUAGCCAUGUACACGAUGGGCUGAUGAACUGAGGGGGACUGUCUGGGGGGCGUGACUAACCGUGGGGUUGCUUACAUUUGCUAGAUUCCAGCAUGCCUUUUCUGCGUGUCUGCUGUCGUAUGUUAUUGUUUUGAUUCUCUCACCAUCUUAUCAAGCGCAUACCAUUGUAUGAGAAAGUAUGGAAUAUUCUACUACUCCCAGUCAUAAAUUGGUGAGCGCGGUCUAAGCUGCCUAAUCCCAUUUCCUUAUCCGGGAAUCACGAAGAUCCACGCCAUUGGCUGACAAUGUCACAUGGACUCUUAACUUUGUUCACUUGACAGAAAGUAGGAGGGUUUUACGAAACAGGAAAACGAGUAAAGGGAUACAUAUAAAUUUUAGUAUAUUUUGUGUGCAAUUCAAAGAAAUUAAUGGCCAUGAGUUCCUAUUUGAUCAACUCCAACUAUGUGGACCCCAAGUUUCCACCCUGCGAGGAAUACUCCCAGAGCGACUACCUACCCAGUCACUCUCCGGAAUACUACAGCGCCCAAAGGCAAGACCCAUCGUUCCAGCAUGAGUCGAUCUACCACCAGCGGUCGGGCUGCGCCGACCCACCCUACUCAUCGUGCCAGGGUCCGGGGCAGCCCGCAGCGGUGAUCUCUCCGCGAGGUCACGUUCUACCCACAGCCGCACUCUCGACCCCACUCCCUGAACCAAGCCAUCACUGCGAUUCCGUAACUCCAAGUCCUCCGCCUGCCUGCGGUCCGACUCCCACUAGCCAAAACAAUUCAACGGCCACCUCAAGAAAAGAUCCCGUGGUUUACCCCUGGAUGAAAAAAGUCCACGUAAACAUCGUGAGCCCGAACUAUUCAGGUGGUGAACCCAAACGCUCACGCACAGCCUACACGCGACAGCAAGUCCUGGAGCUGGAGAAAGAGUUCCAUUACAACCGCUAUCUGACCCGAAGACGGAGGGUGGAGAUUGCCCAUACACUAUGCCUAUCCGAACGACAGAUUAAGAUUUGGUUUCAGAACCGGCGCAUGAAAUGGAAGAAGGACCAUAAGCUUCCCAACACAAAAAUACGCAGCAAUUCUGCAAACACGAAUUCAAGCGGCGGCCCGAUUUUGGGCAGCAAUCAGAACCGAGCAAGCGGACCUCCGCCAAGUCUCUAGCCUUCCUCUGU